AUGGUCUGCCUCGACGGGUAUUUGAGCAAGGAUUUCGACGAAGACGACGAAGGAUCAUGCUACCGAAGAGCGGCUGUGCAGCAUCUUGCGCUGUUCGUGCCUUGGGAGCUCUUCUUAGGGGAAGAAAGCGGCGACAUCAACCGCAUAUGGGGGAGGGAACGAGCAGCUCUGGUCCCGAGGAUAUCAUGUUACGUCGAUAACGUGCAGUUGCUGCGACGGUCGGCCGAAGAUGCAAAGCGGGACGCCAAGCAGUGGGCAGCCUCAUCCGGUGACGGCGACUCCACGGCAGUCUAUCUAGACGAGGAUGGCACCGCGGAGGCGGGUGUCGAGCCCGGAUCGGUAUACCAGGCCGACAGUACGGGAAACACGACGCGUCUAAUCGACGUUGUCAGAAGCUCGAUCGGGGCGAACCAAAUCACGGCCGGCUCGCCAGAGCUCAUAGCGAUAAUGCAGGAGCUCAGCCGCUUCCAGCAACUGGCGUUUUCGUCGUCUUCCGAGUUCCAGGCCGCAAUACUAUCCGAACGGGGCCCGAGACGAAUCAACAUCCCGGGGCGGGCAUCCUCCGGAGCCACCAUACCGCCGCAGAGUCAGGUUAGGGCCAUAAAGUCGCAGCAAACCUGUGCGUCCAGGGAGAGGGAGAAGAUGAUCCGGGGAAUACAAAGCGUGCCCCCGGCAGAGGUGACUGAUCGUCGGGGGGUGGUGCGCAGCGUGCUCACGGGUUUUGGGGAUGACGAUAUCCUGAUGACGGCGGCGGACCUCGAGGAAACGGUAGAGGCCAGCGCGGGAAUGGAGAUCCGGCUCGGCGCCUCAACCUCCUUUAUCGAGGCGGGUAAGGCCCUGGUAGCGAGGUUCACGCUGAACAAGAAGCAGGCGAUUGCCUUCCUAAUCAUAUGCCGUCAGCUUGACCUCAUACGGCGCGGGGAGAAAGGCAACGGGUGUCAGCUAUGCCAAUUCGUCGGCGGAGAGGGCGGAACGGGCAAGUCGCGAGUCAUCGAGGCGCUCGUCGAACUCUUCGCGUCCAAGGAUCAAUCGAAUCGCCUGAUAAUAACGGCGACGUCAGGGACGGCAGCAGCACGGAUCAAUGGCAUCACGAUCCACUCCGCCUGCGGGUUCUCCAAAGAUCUCGCGGCAGUCGCAAAUAUGGCCAGGGAUCUCGACGGGUUGCGAAUGCCGAACCAGGCGGAGCGGUUCGUCCACGGGCAAUCCCGGAUGGACUGGCAGGAGAAGGACGUGCUUGUCGUCGACGAGGUUAGCAUGCUCGUUCCGCCCGGUCCAAGAGCGGUCGAUCCUCCUCCCAGCACGGCCGUCUCGUGGGACAUGGACAACUCUUUCAAGGCCGAGCAACGGCACCAGCACGACAAGGCGCACGCGCUGUGGAAGAGGUUCACGACCGUCGUCAUGCUCGACGAGCAAGUGCGCGCCGCUGGCGACCCAGAGCUGCAGAGGCUGUUAAAGCGAAUCCGACUGGGCGCGCAGGACCGCACGGAUCUGGACCUCCUCAACUCAAGAUGCUACCAGGAAGGUAGGCGGAUCCCGUAG